AUGGCGUUCUGUCAGGUUCUGGAGGCGGAGCUUCAGGCCCAGGAGUCUCUGUACCAGGGGGUUCUGGGUCGAGGUCAGGACCUGCUGUCCAAGCAGAGUCAGCCGAACCAGCGAGCCAUCCAGAAGUGGAUCCGUACCCUGAGGAAGCAGUGGAACCACCUGACGGACGAGGCAACAGGACGCCGCCACCGACUGGAGGCCGCAGCCGCCAUUAAACAGGUUCUGUACUUUGCAGAUGCGGCGGAGGCCAACUCCUGGCUGGGCGACAGGAAGCCACUGCUGACCGGCGAGGAUCACGGGAAAGACGAGUCGAGCACGGGGGCGUUGCUUCAGCGCCACCUGCGGUUAGAGAAAGAGAUGGCGGCCUACGCCUCGGAGAUAAAGAGGCUGUCGGAGCAGGCGAGGAGUGCGGCGCAGCUAACGGCUCUGACGGCGGAGCCUCAGCAGAGUCAGAUGAUCCAAUACAGCGACUCCUCUGGAGAGGAGGAGGGGCCAGGAGCUGUGACAUCACCAACACCGAGCACCAGGGGUGGGAGGGGCUCUGGGAGCGCCCCCUCCCAGAGUGACGACAGCAAGGCCAAAGUCCGCUUCAGAUACAGCCGAGGUCAGUUUCCGUGGGAUCGUAAUGAAAUCGUAACCAUCGUCAGCACUGAGCCCGAUGGAGACCGAGUUCUGGCCAGAGACAGCCGAGGAAACCAGCAGCUCAUCCCCAAAACCUUCCUGACCCUGCUGCCAGCUGCUGCUCCUCCCCCGACCCCGCCCGUCUCCACCAAUGGCGUGCCAGAAAGUCCGAGCAAGAAGUUGAGCCAUCCGAGGCGCAGCCGCUCGAUGCGCCGCAACACGACCGAGAUCCAGACCACAUGGUUGCCAGACCCUGAGUACCAGAGAGACACUGUGGAGAGCACGCAGACCAGCCUGGACCAGGACUUCAGCUCCAUGUACAACCGGGUCAAGUCGAAGACAAGGAGUCUGGAGGAGGUGCUGCGUCUACAUCGGUUCUACAACGGCUGCCAGGAGUUUGAGUCGUGGAUGGAGGACAAGGAGAACGUCCUGAACACCUUCAGCACCGACAGCGACAACCUGGGAACGCUUCAGGCCAAAUACGAGAACUUCUUGACUGAGUUGGCGAGUGGGCGUGGCCAGUUGGAUGACAUCAUCAGAAUGGCAGAGGAGCUGGUGAAGAGUCGACACAGUAAACAGAGAGAGAUCCAGGACAGACAGAGGAGGGUUUCCAACAGGUGGGACCGGAUCCAGCGGCUCAAGGAUGAAAAGGGCCACGAGCUGCUGAGCACAGCAGACGUGCAGUCCUUCCUGCAGAGCUGCGAGGAGGCUAAAGCUCAGCUGCAGGGUCAGCUGUCGCAGCUCGACACCGUGGACGUUGGCUGCAGCUCCUUCACCCUGCAGGCCGAGGAGAAGAACCAGGCUCAGACCCUCAGAGACAUCCAGGCCCUGGAGAGCAAGAUCGCCUACCUGAAGAGUGUCGCCAAGAUGAAGCAGGACUGCAGUCCAGCAGAGAGUGCAGCCAUCUCGGAGGAGGUUCGGGGUCUGGAGGCUCUGCUGGAUCAGCUGAAGGGCCAGGCGGCGGACAGACAGCGCCUCCUGGAGGAGGCCCGCAGGCUGCAGAGCUUCCAGCAGCAGGCCAAGGAGCUGCAGCGCUGGGUCGGCUCGGUCCAGGAUCGCCUCCUGCAGGAGGAGACGGCCGCAGACGUGGCCUCGGCGCUCGCCCUGCUGGAACAACACCAGGAGCUUCGGCUGGAGAUGGAGGAGGAGAGGAGCAGGAUGAAGGAGAUGGAGAAGUUAGGAAAGUCUCUUCAGCAGAGCUCCUCCGAUGGGAAGACAGGGGGCGUCGACAUCCAGCAGACCCUGGACAGACUUACUGCUGAUUGGUCCAAACUUGACAACAUGUGGACCAGUAGGAAGGCCUGUUUGGAGCAGGGGGUGGAGCUCCAGAGGCUGAACCAGGAAGGAGACCGGAUCGAGGCGGCGCUGUCGGGACACGAAGCCCGACUGAGGGUCAAAGAUGUCGGGGACUCAGUGGACAGCGUCCACAGUCUGCUGGGCCGACAGGAGGAGCUGGAAGGUCUCCUGAAGGCUUUGGAUCAACAAGUUGAUCAUUUCAUUAAUCGCAGCCAGGAGCUGAUCAACCAACAGCACUACGCUGCCAAACACAUCAAGGAGCAGAGCAGCAGCAUCCAGAAGGCCAACAGGAAGCUGAAAGAGAGCAGCAGGCAGAGGAGGAGUCUGCUGCUGGCCUCAAAGAAAUAUCAGGAGUUCCAGAGAGAUGCAGACGAGCUGCUGCUCUGGAUGGAAGAAAAGUUUAAGGUGGCGGAGGACGAGUCGUAUCGCGACCCCACCAACAUCCUCCGAAAGCUGAAGAGACACGAGGCGGCUGAGAAGGAGAUGCAGGCGAACCAGGUCUGGCUGGAGAGACUGGUUCAGCUGGGGCAGGAGAUGCUGGAUGAAGAGCACUACAACAGUCAGAGCAUCAGGAGGAAGUCUACUCAGCUCUCCAGCCGGUGGAGGAGACUUCAGGACAAGAUGGCCGACAGAGGAGACAAACUGAGGCAGGCGGGUCAGCAGGAGCAGCUGAUGGAGCUGCUGCAGGACGCCAAACUGAAGAUUGAGGCCAUCCAGUGGAUGCUGAACAACGCCGCCAAAGGUCACGACCUCCGCUCCAGCCGACAGCUCCUGAAGGAGCAUCAGCAGCUGGAGCAGGAGGCCAAGGAGCUGGCGGAGAAGAUCAACUCCAUCGUCAGCAGAGCCAAACACCUCGCCUCCAACCACUUCGACUCGCAGAGGAUCCUCCAGGAGACCGACACCUACCUCACUCUGUUCAAGUCCCUCCAGAAGCCUCUGGACCGGCGCCGAGCUCAGCUGGAGGCAUCGGUGCUGCUGUUCGGGUUUUAUCACGACGUGGACCUGGAGAUGAGCUGGAUCACUGAACACGUUCCUGCCUCUGGAUCCACGGGGUUGGACAAGUCUCUGGCCGGAGCCAUCAGCCUCAUGCAGAAACACAAGGAGUUGCAGGUGGAAGUGACCGCCCACCAAAAACACCUGAACCACGUCCUGGAGAAGGGGCGGAGCCUGGCCAAAUCCAGCAAAUCAGACAGAGAGGAAGUGCUCCAGAGGUGCAGCCACCUGAGUGCAGAGUGGGAGGAGCUAGAGGAGGCGUGCAAAAGGAGAGCAGCUCACCUGAGCAAGGCUAUAACCAGAGAACAGCUGCUGUUAGACUGCUCAGAGUUGGAGUCCAGGCUGACCGAGACACUCAAUCUGGUGAACACUGACGACUACGGCAAAGACCAGCUGGCCACACAGAGUCUCGUCACCAAACACCAGGUGUUAGAGGGCCAGCUGGAGGUGCUGGAGGUGGAGGUGGAGGAGUUAGGAGACCAGGUGGAGCAGGCGGUUCAGAACUGGAGCCUGGAGGAGCUCAGCAGGCCCUACAGUCGCCUCAGCAGCCUGAACCAGCAGCUGCAGCACCAGGCAGCUCUCAGGGGUCAGAGGUUAAAGGAAGUCCUCCAUCUCCACGAGUUCACACAAGAGUCAGACGAGUUUGAGGACUGGAUGAACCAGCAGAGACAGACAGCCGAGUCUCAGGACCUGGGCAACGACUACCAACACGUCCAGUUGCUUCGUGGGAAGUUCGAAGGUUUCCUGAAGCAGCUGGAGGUCGGAGAGGAGCGACUGCAGAGCUGCAGCGAGCUGGCUGAUGGACUGAUCCACAGCAAACACCCACAGAGCUCCGCAGUCAGAGAGACACUGCAGCAGCUCAGUGCAUGCUGGGAGGAUUUGAAGGUCGUGGCCCGAGAGCGUCAGGAUCAGCUGCAGAGAGCCGAGGAAUGUCACCGCUUUUACCGAGACCUGACUGAUGCACUGACUCUCAUCCAGGAGCGACAGAAGAGCAUCCCCGACGACGUGGCGAAGGAUUUGCGAGGAGUGAUGUCACAGCGGAGGAAACAUGAAGCUCUGCUCCACGAGCUGGCUGCCACAGAGCAGCAGUUACAGGAGCAGCUGGAUGCCGUCGACUCCAUCCUGGAACUCUGCACGCCUCAGCUGAAGCUCCGCCUACAGGAAGUGCAGCAGGAAGUGGUGGACCGGUGGGAGGAGCUCCGACGCCACGCGGAGCAGAGGGAGGAGGAGCUAAAACUGGCAUGCCAGAGAUACCUGUUCCUGAACACGGCGCAGGAUUACUUCCUGUGGUGCAGCCAGCUGAUCGGUGCGAUGGCUGCGGAGGAGAGCAUCAGCGACGUGACGACGGCCGACCUCCAGCUGGCCCAGCACCAGCAGCUGUGGGCCGAGAUGGAGGCGAGACAGGAGACCUACCAGCAGGUUCUGGACAUGGGGGCGGAGCUGCAGACACAGGACAACAGGAAGGAGGUGCUGGAGAAGCUGGAGGCCCUGCAGGCAGAGCGAGACAAGCUGGAGGAGCAGUGGAACCAGAAGCAGAGCUGGUUGGAAACGGUCCACCUAGAGCAGGUCUUCUACAGGGACGUUAACAGCGUGGACAAGACCUCCAGCUCGCAGGAGAUCCUGUUGCAGAACAGCACUCUGGGAAACACGGUCGAUGAGACGGAGGGUUUGAUCAAACGCCACGAAGCUUUUGAGAAGCUGCUCAGCUCGCAGGAGGACAAGCUGACGGCUCUGAAGGAGCUGGCAGAGCGGUUGAGGAAGCAGCUGAGCAGAGAGAAGAGCGGGCGGGUCAAAACCAAACUGAAAGCCCUCCUCCAGCGACGGGAUAGGAUUAAGGAGCUGUCCGUCAAACGCAGGGAGGAGCUCGAGCUUUCCAGAAUGCUGUGCAUCUUCAACCGAGACGUCGCCGAGGCUGAGGAGUGGGUGUCGGAGCGGAUGCAGAAGAUGGCGGAGGACGGUAAAGCCGACCUCAGCAAUCUGCAGGCCAAGAUGAAGCUCCUGCAGAAACAUCAGGUGUUUGAGGCUGAGAUCCUGGCUCACAGAGAGAUCAUCAGCUCUGUGCUGCAGGCCGGGAAGGAGCUGGUCUCCAUUCGUCACCCGAGGUCUAAGGAGGUGAAGAGGAGUGCAGCUAACCUGGAGCUCCACUGGGAGGAGCUGAAGAAGGCCAUGGUCACCCGGGGGAAAGCUCUGGAAGAUAACAGAGACUUCCUGGAGUUCCUGCAGAAAGUGGAAGAGGUAGAAGCCUGGAUCAGACACAAGGAGGUGAUGGUUAACGUCGGAGAUGUGGGGAAGGAUUAUGAACAUGGAGUUCAGCUGCUGAAGAAACUCAGCGAGUUCAGGGGGACUGGAGAUGGGAACAUGACGGUGGACGACGCUCACAUCACAGCCAUCAACAGACUGGCAGCCCGACUGGAGAAGAGACAGAGCGCUGAUGAACUGGUGACUGUCAGACAGCGGAGACAGCAACUCAAUGACAGGUGGAGCAAGUUCCAUGGAGAUCUGAACAAUUACAAGAAGAAGCUGGAGGGGGCGCUGGUGGUCCACGCCCUCAUCAGAGAGCUGGAGGAGGUUAGAGACAGAGCCAACGAGAAGAUGCUGCUGCUGCAGGGUCAGGACUGUGGGUUUGAUGUGGACAGCGUAGAGAACCUGAUCAGACGUCAUGAGGAAACGGAGAGAGAGGCUGGGGUCAUCCAGGAGAGGUCAAAGGCCCUGGAGAAGGAGGUCUCAGAUCACCUGAAGGCUCGAUCAGUGAUGAGCGACAAGCUGAAGAACAAACAGAAGGAGGCCCAGAAAGCUUUGAAGACUCUGGACAAGGAGGUGAAACUCAGGCAGGAGAAGCUGCAGGAGGCCCACCAGCUGCAGCUGUUCAAAGCCAACCAGCGCCUCCUGCUGGAGUGGAGCGUCAAACAGAGCAGCGAGAUGGCAGAGAAAGGCCUUCCCAAGACCCGAGCCGAGGCAGACCGCCUCCUCGUAGAGCACCAGGACUGGAAGACGGAGAUCGACGCCCGCGGCGAGCGCAUCGACUCCGUACGGGACUUCGGUUUGGGUCUGAUCCGGUCCGGUCACAGUUCAAAGGCAGAGAUCCAGAAGGCCCUGAACCAGCUGGAGGAAGCCAAAUCCGGACUGGACCGAGCCUGGUUAAACCGCAACAAGACCCUGGAGCAGGCCCGAACCCUGCAGGUCUUCCUGGCCUCCGUAGAGGAGUGCGAGAGCUGGCUCAGCAACAAGGAGGCCUUCCUGUCCAAUCAGGACCUGGGGAGCUCGGUGACGGAGGUGGAGACUCUGCAGAGGAAGCAGGCUCAGUUCGAGGAGGCUCUGGAGGCGCAGGUGGACCAGCUGGACGAGGUGGAGAAACUGGCCCAGAAGAUGAUCCAUCAGAAACACUACGACUCUGACAACAUCGGAGCCAAGAGCAGAGUGCUCGCCGCCAGGCGGAGUCAGCUGCAGCAGCAGAGCAGAUCUCGUCACAAAGCUUUGGAUCGAUCACUGCAGCUGCAGCAGUUCUUGUCCAGCAGCUACCAGGUGUGUGUGUGGCUUAAUGAGCGUAACGCUGUGGCGCUGGAUGAGAGCUGGAGGGAACCAACCAAUCUUCAGGCCAAACUGCUGAAACAUCAGAGCUUUGAGGCUGAGAUCCUCGCCAACCACUACCGAGUGGACGCGCUCACCAAGGAAGGAGAGAAGCUGCUGUCCAAGUCUCGAUUGGUUGAGGCAAAGGUUCGACCUCGACUCAGAGAGCUGACGGACAGCUGGGGCGCUCUGAUCCACAACUGUAAGGAGAAGAAGACCAGACUGCAGGAGGCCUACCAGGCGCUGCAGUUCCAGCGCUCGUUGGAUGACAUGGAGCAGUGCGUUGGGUCGGUGGAGAGGGAACUGGCCGGUGAGGACUGUGGGAGCGACCUGCCGUCUGUCAACCGGCUGCUAAAGGCUCUGCAGGGUCUGGAGGAGGAGGUGGACGGACACAGAGACAGAAUCCAGGCUCUGGUGGAAACAGCAAAGAGCUUCCACUCUCAGGGAAACUUCCUGGCUGAGGAGAUCCAGAUCAGAGUGGCACACACCAUCAACAGGUACAACAGUCUGUCGGAGCCCCUGCAGAGUCGGAGGGAAACCCUGGAGGCCUGGCAGGUUCUGUUCCAGUUCUACAGAGACCUGGAGGAGGAGGUGGCCUGGCUGAGCGACAGACUGCCCUCCAUCACUGCUAAAGACUGGGGCAGCUCUCUGAGCGGCACCCAGCAGCUGCUCCACAAACACCAGGCUAUGAUGCAGGAGCUGUCAGGCCGCACCCCAUUGGUCCAGGCAGUUCAGGAGGCGGGGCAUAGCCUGGUCAGAGGUCGUCACUUUGCAUCUCACGACAUCCGGGAGCGUCUGGAGGAGCUGAAGAGCCUCCACGAGGAGCUCAUGAUGGAGGCGGAGAAGAAGGGGAAACUCCUGCAGGAGGCGCUCAGCAUCCACACCUUCCUCACUGAGGUGUCUGAGCUGGAGCUGUGGUUGGAGGAGCAGCGGGUCGGUUUGGAGUCUCGGGACUGCGGGAGGAGCGAGGAGGCGACGGAGGCUCUACUGAGGAGGCUGGACUCUCUGGACGUGGAGCUGGAGAACCAGAGGAGGACGGUGGAGCGGUUGCGGGAGGGCGGAGCCUCACUGCAGCACCUGGGACAUCCCAACAGCCACCUGGUCGCUGAGUCUCUCCCAGAUGUCCUUGAACGCUUCGAGGCCCUCCAACGACUGUCUGCCACUCGCCGCACCACUCUGGAAGACCAGCUCCGCCUCUACGUGUUCGAGAGAGAAGCUAAAGAACUACAAACAUGGCUGACCUCCAAGAAGACUGCGGCAGAAUCCAGGGACUGCGGACAAGACCUGGAGGACGUAGAGGUGCUUCAGAAGAAGCUGGAGGUUCUGGUGUCAGAGAUGUCCGGUCUGGGUCGGAGCCGGCUGACUUCAGUGCAGCAGCUGGGCAGAGGGCUGCAGCACGACGGCGAGGCCCGGAGGAGGGACGACGCCCUCAGCAAGCUGUGGGACGACCUCAACAGCAGCAUCAGGACCAGAGAACAGAGUCUGCAGUCGGCGAGGGAGGUUCAUCAGUUUCAUCACGAUGUGGACGAGCUGAAGGGCUGGAUGGCUGAGAAGGAGGCUGCACUGGACUCAGAGGACCAGGACCUGAACUCCGUCCAGACUCUGCUGAGGCAACACGAGGCGCUGGAGAGGGACCUGGUUCUGAUCUCUGAGGAGGUGACCAGGAGCCGAGAGGAGGGCCGGGCUCUGAGCAGGCGGCAGCCUCAGGCCAGAACCGCUGUGACUCAGAGGCUGGAGGAGCUGGAGGCCUGCUGGACCAGCAUCCAGGACAAAGCCUCCCAACGCCGGGCCAAACUGGGCCAGGCUGAGGACGUGCAGAAAUACUUCUCCCACUGGACUGAACUCAUGGCCUGGCUGAGGGAGAUGCUGUCUCUGGUGCGGGGGGAGGCGCUGAGCGUGGAGGGAACCGACCUGGAGCAGCUCAUUAAAAAGCACGACGAGUACCGCAUUCAGAUGGACAGACAGUUCAGCAAAUCUCAGGCUGUGAAAGAGGACGGGAGGCGCCUGAUAGAGGAGGGACACUUCAUGUGGCAGGAGGUGGAGGAGCGGGUCUGUGAGCUGGAGGAGCUGGAGGAGCGAGUGGAGAAGGUCUGGGAGGAGACCAGGUUCCUGUAUGAGGAGGAGCUGGAGAUUUUCCUCCUGCAGAGGGAGCUGGAGCAGGCGGAGCGCUGGCUCAGCUCUUACGAAAACACACUGAUGGCUGACGAGUACGGGGACUCUGUGUCUGAUGUUAUGGAGCUCCUGAAGAGGCAGGAAGACAUGGAGGCCAUGAUCGAGGCCCAGAGCGACCGCUUCAUCGCACUACAGAAGAAGAAAACACAGAGGGAGCAAAGACUGGGUCUUCAUGGAACUGGGGACAGAAAACCUCCAGCCAGAGUCUCUUCCCUGAGGAGUAAACCCUCCGAUCUGAAGACCCCUCGGAUCUCCUCCUCCAGGGACGUCGUCCGUCGAGUCAGCAGCGGCAGGAGGACGGACAGGACCAUCGGACAGAUCGUGCUUGACAGGAAACCCGGUCUCACAGCCUUUGCUAGCAGCCCACUUAGCCCACCUCUGCACCCGGACUCAGACUCAAGGAGGAGCCUCAGUGCCAGCAGGAAGUCUCAGAAAAUGGAGGAGGAAGAAGACGCCAACAGUCCUCCUGCUAGUCCCAGCUCCAGCCCGACUGUAAAGCCUUGGAGGAGUCGAAGCACCCACUCAAACUACACUCCAACUGACUCCUCCGGUCCGAAACGUCCUCAAUCACCUCCCCCCUCCUCCCCCAAACCUCCCCUGUCCCCUCAAAUCUCUCCUUCAUCUACAAAGACUCCUGAGGAAGACCGCCCCAGAUCCAAACCUCCUCUGGCUCCAAAGCCCAGAAUCUCCUCCACAGAGCGAGCGUUCGGACGCCGCUCCGAGCCUCCGAACAUAUCAGAGAAACCCUCCACACCACCUGACUCCCCUCCACCAAUCAGAGAGCUCGUAUCUCCCACCGAACCUCCACCUCCACCUGUCGCAGAGAGACCCUCUUCCCCUGAAUCGUCACCGAAAGAGCUCCACGACCCGGAAUCACCGACCGGAGACCAGCCCGAUCCGCCAUCCGACUCCCCGGAUGCUCCACCAAUCACAGAGGAGGACCCUGAGUCAUUUGCUCUUCCAAAAGAGGAGCUGCCUCCGUCUCCUCUACAGCAACAGAGGAUGUCAGAACCAGAGGAGGAACCCAGCUCCAUGUCGGAGGUAGAACCUGUGGCUCAGGUCAGAAUGGAGGGUCUGCUGGAGAUCAAACUGAAACAAGGAGGAAACAAGGAGCACUGGGAGGAGGUGUUUGCUGUGCUGGAAGGAGAGACGCUCAGCCUGUUCACAGACAGAGCCGCUGCUGCACAGACCUCUAGGUGGCCUCCUAUCAACACGGUUGGAGCUGUUUGCAGGGAGAACGUUUACUACAGGAGGAAGGAGAACACCAUCAAACUGAUACUGGAGGACGGCAGUCAGUAUCUGUUCGCGGCGUCCAGCAGAGAACUGCAGCAGCUGUGGCUGAAGAAGCUUCAAAACUGCCCCGAAUCUUCCAGCAGCGACUCUGAAGACUCAGGGCGAGCGUCAUCCGUCAACCUGAGUUUGGAGAAGUUGGCCGAAGCUCCGGAUGAUUCGAGCAAACCGCCUGAGGGGAGAACUGAGAGCCUGGAGAGACAAUCGUCCACAGAGGGGCAACCUCCUCCCAAACCCCCCCACACGUACUACAACAAACACCGCUACCCGGAGGACGGGGAGGUCGGGGCCGCAGGUACUCAAAACCAGCCCCCUUCAGUGCCUUCUCCUCCUCCUCCAGACACCCAGGACCCCCCCGCUGGGACCCCCACAGACGACAGCGCGAGCAAAGAAAGGUCGCGUCGGAGCGUCUUCAGGAAGUUUUUCACCAAGAAGUGAAGUUUCAUUGACGAUGGCUUUUUGUUUGUUUAUUUGCGCUGAAAAGUGACGGAAGAAAAAAGAUUCUGUCAGUAAUGAGAAACUUCAAAUUAAUGACUUUAGAGUAUUUUGAGAGUUUCUUAUUAUAAAAAUUGACACAAUCUUUUUUUUCCCCCGCUUCAUUAGUGGAAAUCAGCUUCCACAGAAAGUGAAAAUUGGUAAAAUAGUUGUGAUUAUUUUUUGUAUAAUUCAUUAAAAUAAUAACGUUCUUGGUUCUGAUUGAUCGGAAUAAAAUGUUUGGGGACACAAUUAAAAGAGUUUACUUAUAAAGUGCUUUUAUUUGUUCACAAAGUGCCUCAGAGAACAUAAAGAACCACGAGUAUAAUAAUAAUAAUAAUAAUAAUCGUUCCUCUCCGACUGUGAUUACUUCCUCUUUAUGUUUGUAUUUCACUUUGUAUUAUUGUGCAAAUAAACUGAU